ACACCCGGGUUGCACGCGGUGGAAAAAGCAAAAAAAAAGGCCCCACGGGGCUCCGUACAUGGUAGCUCAGCAGACACGGUACCCGGGAAGGGGCCAGCACAAAAAAACUCGCCGCGCCAUGCGCGCAUGCCACGAGAGCAUUACCUUUGGGGCCAGAGUUCUCAGCACACACAGCCCGGACCGCGACAAAGCCUACGGAGUACAGGAAGGAGAUCACGUUGAACCUCGGAAUGUUCUCGCCGAGAGCGGCGGCGACCUGCAGUGCCUGCCGUCGCCAAGACGAUGGUGCAGGUCUCCGCCAGCCUAGGCUGAGGGUUCGGGAUAGAAUUCAAGAGUUCAGCAUGGAAGUCAGUGUCUCCCAGCGUUUCCCGCAACUAGAGUUUUCGGUCGAACAUACGUUUCAUCUUUGCAAGCGUGGGGGGUGCCUGCUUGACCUGUUCACGAAGCAAGAAGACAAGGAGAGGGGUGCCAUCAAGCGCCUGCAGCCCCGGAAACGCAAACAGAGGAAGGAUGGCCGUGUUCCUGAACCGACCAUGCACUUCAAACGCCGACCCCUCGACCGCUAUUGCACGUCGCCCGAGGCGGUGAAGGCUUUGCUCGCGGAGGUGAUCAUUGAAGGGCUUGUACUCGAUAUGUGCGGUGGGUCUGGGGACGCCGUGGCAACCACCCUCGCGCGUACCUGCUGUGUCGUUACGAACGACGUUCGGAACAGGUCCGCAUCAGACACCAGUUUGGAUGCCACCGCGCCCACGUUCGAGAACGAUUACCUCUCGAGUGGCGCUCGGCGUCCCGACUGGGUCGUUACAAGCCCGCCGUACAAAGGAGCAAUAGAGUUCGUCAAGGCGGCGAUGGCGGUAGCUGGGCACGGGGUAGCGUUGAAGUUGCCGUUGUCGUUCAUGGAGCCUUGUGGGGAUCGGGGGGGGUGGCUUCAGCAAAACCCGCCCUCGGUGUGCAUUUUCUUGAGGAGGGCUACGUAUCAGCCAGCACAUGUGCUGAUGGGGGAAUUUUGGGGAGUGUGGUACAAGACGGCAUCACGUGAUGUGACGACGAGGCUGGUGUUUCGCCCUUGAGCAGUGCAGGCGGUUCCCCCUGAAUUAAUUUUAUCCAACACCAGUUUCAGCAGUAUCCCCAAGCUGUAGUUUCCAUAUUGCACGGAUGGGUAGGAUCCCUAUAGGAAGAAGAAGUUGGUUUUUCGCUGGCAACAACCGCGGCCGCUUCUGUUGCAUGCGGUCUUUUGUUGGUAUGGGUUAUAUGCCCACGACUUAUUUUAUGCAGGACUGUUUGUGCUUCUGUUUUGUCCCCAUAUUUUGCCUAGCAACAGUGUGAGGUCGGAAGUGGAAUUACGACACCAAGCGUCUAUGUGUACGUAUCUUUUUUAUGGCCAGUCGAACCCCCCGUGUUUUGUAACCAAGAGCACGAAGCACGAUGGGAAAAUAUUGUUAACUCACAGCACGUUUUUCAUCCCAAACAGGUGUUCAAAUUGUAUGCCCCGAACCUAAAUUAAACAGACAGAAAUUUACGCAACACACACGAACAUGACUCAAACACUAACUUCUUCACCGAAAGAAUACAACUCUACGUCGUAGGCGGGGCGCCCGCAAGCCGUCAACUCAUCUCCGCUGGCAUCGAGUCCUGGCAAGUCAUCAAAAAAGUCCUCCUCGAUACUCUCAAUAUCGAUAUCGUCGCCCUGCAUAUCCGCACCAUCACCGUACCCCGACAUGUCAUCCAACUCCGCUGUCAACGGUCUUUGCUCGGGCGCACCAGGUAGCCUCUGCCCCCUAUCUCCCUGCUCUGACGUGCCAUUGCCCGCCCCGGCCCCCGCAGGCGCGUCUGAUGUACUACCCCC